UGGAUGUUAUCCGUAGGACGAAAGAGACGGCGAAGAAGAAGCAGAGUAAGUCGUUGUAGCAGUAGAAGAAGAAGAAGAAGAAAAGGUGGCUACAGUAAAUCAGGAAGGUUUCCACCUUUAACUGGCUCUUCUUCACAGAUGCUUUUGCUGCUGAAACAGGCGCUAGCCUCGGACCCACAGUCGUGACAGCAUGGCGGCCAUUGGAUCGCCACAUUGGGAUGAGCACCAGGCGUAUGAGGAGCUUCUGUACUGGGACGGACUGAUCCAGGAGGGACACCGGCUCCUCCCGCAUGAUUUUGAUAGAUAUGAGGAGCUGCGUUACUGGUAUGACUGCCUGUGCUACGAGGAGGAGCUCAGACAGUAUCAUGACUACAUCGCUGCUGUCGAGGAGAUUGAGGAUCAGCGGCAUUAUGAGGAGGCGGCACCCUCCCAGGUGAGCAAGGGACCAUAUGAUCGCCACGUAAUGGCCAAACAUUCUGAUGUGUAUCCCACACCUGAGGAGCUGGAAGCUGUGCAGGAAAUUGUCUCCCGUGUGGAGAGUGCUCUGAAGACUGUCUCUGACCAGAUGGACACUUCAAAGGAAAACAAAGACGAUACGGAGACAGAGACAGAGAGUACUGAUUCAGAAGACCGUGUCCUGCGUGGUGUUAUGAGGGUUGGAUUGGUGGCCAAAGGACUCCUGUUGAAGGGAGACAAAGACUUGGAGCUGGUGCUGCUUUGUUCCAACAAGCCAACAAUCACCCUGCUUAUAGAAGUGGCUGAAAAACUGACGGCACAGCUAGAGGCUAUUUCAGCGGGGGCAUACACAGUAAGCCAGUGUCCGGGGGAUGCGGCCAUUGUUGUGACGAGCACAACGGAGUUAGCUCUGACUCUUACCAUCCACCUGACAUCACCUCUUGUCAGGAUGGAGGAAGAAUGUAAAACUGCAGAAGAAGAAGAAGCAGUAGAAGGAGAGAAGGCAGAGGAAGAAUCAGAAGCGGCCGAAGGAGGAGAAGACUCAGUAGAAGGAGAGAAGACAGAAGAAGAAGCCGAAGCGGCUGAAGGAGGAGAAGACGCAGUAGAAGGAGAAAAGACAGAAGAACCGGAAGUGGCAGACGCAGAAACGACAGAAGCAGCAGCAGAAGAAAAGACGGAAACAGCAGCAGUAGAAGAAGAAGAAGAAAUGCGAACAGUCAUCGAUCCGCCGGACGUUCUGGACAGGCAGAAAUGCCUAACUGCCUUGGCGUCUCUCCGCCACGCCAAGUGGUUCCAGGCCAAAGUCAGCCACCUGAACUCUGCCGUGGUUGUGAUCCGGAUCAUGAGGGACUUGUGUAACCGUGUUCCGACCUGGACGCCACUCUCAGGAUGGCCUCUUGAACUGCUGGUCGAGAAGGCUAUCUGUACGUCUGAGAGACCAAUGGGAGCAGGCGAGUCUUUCCGCCGGGUUUUGGAGUGUGUGGCCUCUGGAAUUCUCUUAUAUGAUGGCCCUGGAAUUAAAGAUCCAUGUGAGAAGGAAGAAGUCGACGCCACUGAAAACCUGACUCCGCAGCAGCGUGAAGACAUCACGCAGAGUGCUCAACUUGCUUUGAGGCUAUGUGCGUUUGCACAGAUGCAUAAGGUGUUGGGGAGGGAAUACAAACCUGUAAAGCCACGGAAAUCCCUGGGAGCCAGCAACAGAGAGGACACAGCCCAGAUAGCUCCUGCUGGAUACUUCACCCUGCCAGCGAAGAGACCUUACACCGAGAUGGAAAAAGACGAGGAGGAGCCCCAACUCAACAGCAAACAGAGGAAGUUUCUCAAGUUCCAGAAGCGCUUCCAGAGGAAAUCAUUCACAGAAGAUUUUAGCAUGAAUGCUGUGAUGCGUCUGAACCAGUACAGACCUGGUCUGGAGUACCGGCUCACAUCUCAAACUGGUCCAGUCCACGAGCCCGUCUUCACCAUGACUGUGGACUUGAAUGGGGUCGUCUACGAGGCCACCGGGCCUUCCAAACGAGCUGCCAAGCUUAACGUAGCCACCAAGGUCCUGCAGGAACUCGGCCUGCCAACGGGAUCUGAUUCUAAACCAGAGUCCAUAGCCGAAGCUGAAGGACCAGUAAAAGAUGCAACGAUGACCUCUACUUUGUCAGAAGAUAGCGGCCAGGGCCCCAUCUUGACCAAAAAUGGCAAAAACCCUGUGAUGGAGCUAAAUGAGAAGCGUCGCAGCCUUAAGUACGAGCUGUCUGCAGAGACAGGGGGCUCCCAUGAAAAGUGCUUUGUCAUGGAGGUGGAGGUGGACGGGCAGAAGUUUAAAGGGCGAGGUUCUAACAAGAAGGAGGCAAAGGCCUAUGCUGCCCUCGCUGCUCUGGAGAAGCUGUUCCCAGAAAACGAUGGGGAAUCGAACACCAACAGAUUUCUUCCAAAGAAGAAGGUCACCUACACCGACAUGCACAUCCCGGGGUUUGGAACAAUUCGUGGCAUUCCUUCAGACUCUGGAUCCCGUGGCUGGGGGCCCAACAGAGGACGAGGCAGGGGCCGAGGCAAACAGUUCACCGGAGGACCCAGCUAUAACAAGACCAACUACAGUUACGAGGGCAACACUGGCACAUGCCAUUAUAAACUUUACGGUAACAACGCAGCCAAAAGCACUGCACCUGGCGGAUCAGGCAGCAACGUCGGCUACGGCACCUUUUACCCCGAGAGCAGCGGCGGCACCUUUUACUCCGAGAGCAGCGGCAGCACCACCAACUACUCCGGCCCACCCAUGUCCAGCUCCGACUCCAGCGCCGCCAAGGGAGAAAGCUACCAGUCGAUGCCUCCCCCUGCCGAUCAGGAGAGCCCCUACAGCUACGGCUAUGGAGACGAGAAGAAGAAGAUGCUGACACAAAACCAGAACGAGGGCCAGGCAGGAAACUACUCCAUGUACAGCACCGCUUACCCCAGCUCAGUGACGGGCGGCCAAGUGUAUAAUAAUUACGGCUGGGGAAACCAGUCGUCCUGGGGUAACCAGCAGGGGGGGUACACCUCGUACCAGGGCUAUGGAGGACAAAACCAGGGCUCGUACUCUGGAUACAGCAACGUGAAUUACUAGUCAUGACGUCAUGUUACGGCCUUUCUCACCUCACUCUGCCAUCUUCUGACUCUGAUUGUUCCCCCUCGAAUAUGAUCUGGGGAUCCCACUUCUCAAAAGGAAAAGGAAAAUUGCUUGUGUUGUCAUUCAAACUGUAUUUUUGCUGUUUUUGUUUUGUACCUGUUUAUUAUUCUCGCGUCUGGUAAAAGUAAUUUUAGGUGACAGAUGCUCAAGUUUAUGAUUUAUUCAAGUCCCUGUUUUCUUUUAACUGCUACACCUGUCAGCGUGUUUUAAAAGAACAUACCUGGUUUAUCAUUCUGUCUUGUUUCUUGGGUUGUUGUGUUAUUUUAAUAAAGCGCACUGGUUCUGUUACAGCACAUUUGAAGCUGCUUGUAGUUUAAACUGAAGAUUUGUUUAUUUGUGUCACAAAAUGCUCAAAUAACUAGUGAAAUAAAUGAUUCUGACUUUGGAGCGAAA